AUGUCAGACACGAAUCAUAGCCAGUCAAUCACCCAAGGCACGUCCACCAUCCCAUAUCCAUUCCAAUGGGAAUGCAGAGAAACGGACAAGUACAAUUACUAUACUGAACAUUCAAAAGAUCGGCUAUCAUGUGAAAGAGAUACAUCUGAAAGUAGUGCGCUUGGAAGGGCUAGAAAAGGAUUAAAUUUACUUACCAGUCCUCAUCCGGAUUAUCUAAAAGAUUCAACCGAAACUGCCAUGGUAUUCUCUGAAAUCACUUUAAGUAAUGAACAAACUCGUGUCACUGAUGAUCCAUUGGAACGAACUUUACUGAAUAUGACAAGAUAUUUCAUAUGGGAUAAAACACCAAUAUUACAUACGGAUGACUGUAGUUGGCCAGGAUGUAAAGGUUGGAUGGGUACCGAACCGAAACUUCCAAAAACUCUCGAAGAUGGGACGAUCGAAGGUGAAGAUCCGGGCGCCUUUGUUGAAGAUCCAUUCAAUUUUUUUAGAAUCUGUAAUAAAGAUGGUGGAUUAUCAGAUUGUUUGAUCACUCUGGACCAGUUGAAAUCAGAACAUUCGGAUGUUUACAGAGAUAUAUUAACAAGAUGGGAUGGUUCGAAAGACAGCCGGGUUGAUAGCCGCCUUCAUGUCUUGAGACCUUUCAAAGAAUCUUUUCAUCUUCGUGGUUGGCCUCGCAAGACGGUUGGUGAUGUCAACAAAACAGUGUGGUAUAUAAAGAAAAAUCUAGAUUUUCCUCCUAUGUCCACGAGCACUGCUCGAUGGUUCGCAGGGUCCCACGCUGGCGUAGAAUCCAGUAAUGAUCAGGUGAGGGAGUUCUGGUCAGUACAUGGCCGGGUUCCCGAUCAUGAGGCGGAUGAUUAG